CUGCACUGUGGCAAGGCAGAAAAAUUUAAUUCGCUUUUGUUCGGUCUGAUUUGGUGGUGUCAACUUUUUACUGAAAAAAUAGCUUAAAUACAUUAGUUUUGUAUCAAAAAAGCAGUUUUAGUUUAUUUAAAGUGUACAAAUUAGUACGGUGUUUGGUUUAUUGAAAUAGCAACAAUGGCCCAACCACAAAAGCCAGCGUAUCAAAACAAAUUCAUAUACGCCACCCUGCCACGCACCCAACGCGGGCAACCCAUUGUACUGGGCGGUGAUCCUAAAGGAAAAAAUUUCCUGUACACCAAUGGAAAUUCGGUGAUUAUCAGGAAUAUAGAGAAUCCAGCCAUUGCUGAUGUCUACACAGAGCAUUCGUGUGCCGUCAAUGUGGCCAAAUAUUCGCCAAGUGGAUUCUACAUUGCCUCAGGCGACGCCUCUGGCAAGAUUCGGAUCUGGGAUACCGUGAACAAGGAGCAUAUAUUGAAGAAUGAAUUUCAACCGAUCGGCGGUCCGAUUAAGGAUAUCGCAUGGUCGGCAGACAAUCAACGUAUUGUCAUUGUGGGCGAAGGACGCGAGCGUUUCGGACAUGUUUUCAUGACUGAAACCGGCACGUCCGUCGGUGAGAUUAGCGGGCAAUCGAAACCCAUUAAUUCAUGCGAUUUCCGGCCAGCGCGUCCCUUUCGUAUUGUCACUGGUAGCGAAGAUAACACCAUCGGCGUCUUCGAAGGUCCACCAUUCAAAUUCAAAAUGACCAAACAGGAGCAUUCGCGCUUCGUUCAAGCCGUACGCUAUUCGCCCGAUGGUAAGUACUUUGCCUCGGCCGGUUUUGAUGGCAAAGUCUUCCUUUACGAUGGCGUUAGCUCGGAAUUGGUUGGUGAAAUUGGUAGCCCUGCGCAUAAGGGUGGUGUUUAUGCUGUAGCAUGGAAGCCAGAUAGCACACAGUUACUUACUUGCUCUGGUGAUAAGACUUGCCGUUUGUGGAAUGUGGAAACACGUGAGCUGAUUAGUGAAUUCGUUAUGGGUACCACCGUCGAUGAUCAGCAAGUGUCUUGUCUAUGGCAAGGUGCACAUUUGAUGACCGUAUCAUUGUCGGGUAACAUUAGUUACUUGAAUGUCGAUGAUCCAACGAAACCAUUGCGCAUCAUUAAGGGCCACAAUAAACCCAUUACCGUGCUCGGGUUGAGCGACGAUCGCAGCACCAUCUACACUGGCAGUCAUGAUGGUGUGGUAACGAAUUGGAAUUCGGGUAGUGGCGUGAAUGACCGCAUCGGCGGCACGGGGCAUGGCAAUCAGAUCAACGGCAUUGCUGCAUGGGGCGAUUACGUCUACACUUGCGGCAUCGACGAUAGCCUGCGUCAAAUUAGCAUCGAAGGCAACACUUACACCGAUUAUGUUGUCAAAUUGAAUUGCCAACCACGCGGUUUAGCCAUUCUCCGGAAUGAAAAUAUCAUAGCUUUAGCUUGCGUCAAGGAAUUAACACUUGUGCAGGACAAUAAGAAGGUAUUAUCGUUGCCCAUCAAGUAUGAGGCAAGCUCAAUUUCUGCCAAUCCCGAAACAUUGGAUGUAGCGGUAACUGGCGAUGAUCAUAAGGUGCAUGUCUACUCGCUGAAGGGUACCACGUUGGAAGAGAAGACCGAGCUGCAGCAUUUGGGACCCGUCACCGAUUGUGUGUAUUCGCCCGAUAAUAAGUAUUUGGUGGCAUGUGAUGCGAAUCGCAAAGUCAUACUAUAUGCUGUGGAGGAAUAUAAACUGGCGCACAAUAAGGAAUGGGGCUUCCAUAAUGCGCGCGUCAAUACGGUCGCCUGGUCACCUAAUUCGCUUUUGGUUGCUAGUGGCUCAUUGGAUACGACUAUCAUUAUUUGGUCUGUGACCAAUCCGGCCAAGCAUACCAUAAUUAAAAAUGCACAUCCACAAUCACAAAUUACGCGCUUAGUGUGGUUGGACAAUAAUACUGUGAUCUCAACUGGUCAAGAUUGCAACACCAAAGUAUGGGAAGUCGAAACUAUUUAAGUUCUAAACUUAAAUGCGUUUGCAGCUCGAAAAGCGCAGAAAAAUGCAACGACUACAAUUAAUUGAUUAUGACUAACCCUGCUCCAGCCGCCGCCUAGUUUCAUAAACAGUAUAAUAUAUGUAUACAUAUAGCAGUAGCAAGUCGUUUGUGGGCUCCAAAGAUAUUUAUAUACCUUAAUUUUUAUACGCUAACACAACGACGCCAAAUAGUGCUGCCGUCGGUCCUUUAACGUCAACGACCCCACCGGCCAUGUAUGCGCUCAUCUUCAUCAACACAAAUUAAUGUAGUUACAAAUUACUGCUUUAACAGCUGCCAACUAGAUGCGUUUUCUUUUGUAUUACUCUUUUCAUGCCCCAUCUUAUUAAGUCCUACAGUGACAGACGUUUUAAUGUCUAAAAAUGUUUUAAUCAUCUCUGCUUUUUCGUAAAAUUAACACUAACAACCCACUUAUGUACUUCUUUGAAAAAUAUCUGAAUAAUGCAUUUUAUUUAAUCAACUAUAAGAGCAAUGUUAUGAAAGACACAAGUAGUUAUUGUCCGCGCAUCUAUUUACAUACAGUACUCUUGUAUUUAAAAUAUAAUUGUACCGUUAUUUCGACUUACUAAAUC